UCAAACUCUCAGGGAAUGGAAAUCACAAGUACUUUGCUUCUAUGUUUGAUUCUCUUCUCGUUUGUAGCUUUAAGUAAGCUCUUAUGGCGAAGACAGUCUCGGAAAGUUCAAAAUCAGCAACCACCAGGACCCCCAGGAUGGCCAAUAUUAGGCAACUUUUUCGACCUGGGAACUUUGCCUCACCAGACCCUAUCAAGCCCAAGUAUGGACCAGUUCUUGGUUUGAAGCUUGGGUCAGUAAACACCGUGGUGAUACAGUCGGCCGUGGCAGCCUCCGAGUUGUUCAAGAACCAUGACCAUGAUUUCUGUGAUCGUAAAUGUCCCAUUGUGCUGACUGCUCAUAAUUACUGUCAAGGAACGCUUGCAUUUGGCAGAUACGAUAAGUCCUGGAGCAAGUUUCGCCGCAUUUGCUCCAUGGGACUCUCGGCGAACCGACAAACCAACGAGAUGGCUCGUCUCCGACAAAAGUGCAUCGACGACAUGGUUCGGUACAUCCAGGAAGAUGCAGCAGCAGCAGCACGUGAACGGGGAGAAGAAGGUAAGGUAAACUUGGCUCACUUUCUUUUCCUUAUGUCGUUUAACCUUGUUGGCAACCUGGUGUUAUCAAGGGAUCUUUUAAGUUCUCGAUCAGAGGAAGGGAAACAAUUCUUCGACGCCAUGAACGAGGUGAUGGUAUGGGCCGGGAAGCCAAACUUGGCCGAUUUCCUACCAGUGUUGAAGUGGUUGGAUCCCCAGGGGAUCAAGAGGAACAUGGUGCGGUACAUGGGUCGAGCCAUGAAAAUUGUGAGCAGCUUUGUUAAUGAGAGGAUUGAUGACCUGAAGCUCGCCAAGGAAAAGACAACCAAGGACUUUUUAGAUACAUUGCUGGAGCAUACAGGUGAAGGAAAACAAGGGCCUGCCACAAUAUCGAAUCACAAUGUUAUCAUAAUCAUACUGGAAAUGUUUUUCGCCGGCUCGGAAACAACAAGCAGCACCAUCGAAUGGGCAAUGGCAGAGCUCCUCCGUAAUCCCGAGUCAAUGGCAAAGGCGAAACAAGAGCUCAACCGAGUUAUUGGGGCAGAAAGGAAAGUUGACGAGAGUGAUACGGAUAAUCUGCCAUACUUGCAAGCUGUGAUAAAAGAAACGCUGAGAUUACACUCUGCGCUUCCUUUACUCCUUCCUAGGAAUGCCAUGCAAGAGACCAAGUAUAUGGGGUAUUUCAUCCCGAAAGGGACACAGAUUUUUGUGAACGCAUGGGCAAUCGGAAGAGACCCGGAAUCAUGGGAGGAUCCCUUGGCAUUCAAACCCGAACGAUUUUUAGGGUCAAAUAUAGAGUACAAGGAACAGAAUUUCGAGUUGAUCCCUUUUGGUUCAGGUAGAAGAAUUUGUGUAGGCAUGCCAGUAGCUCACAAAGUAGUUCAUCUUGCUCUGGCUAGCUUGCUUCAUUCCUUUGACUGGGAGCUUGGGAACAACUUAUGUCCCGAAACGAUCGAUAUGAAUGAAAGGGUGGGGAUUACAGCUAGAAAGCUCAUACCAGUGGAAGCGAUACCAAAGAAACGAUUGUGUAUUCAUGAUCAUGCAUGA